AUGAUUUGGACAGUAUGUAGGGGAGAAAAUGCUUCAAAGUGUUCUGCAGCUCCCAACAAUCGCUUUGACUGUGCACCAGAAAAGGUCCUAAAUAAGAAAGAAUGUGAAGCUCGUGGGUGCUGUUAUAUUCCAGUCGAUGAUAGUUUGGGGAGUGGUCCACCUGCGUGCUUUUUCCCACCAGACUAUCCAAACUACAAGAUGACGGACUUCACUGAAACAAAAUAUGGAUGCACUGGCACCCUGACGCGCACCAAACAUACGUUUAUGCCUAAUGAUCUGAUGAAGCUGCACAUGGAUGUUUUAUUUGAGACAGAGUACAGAUUACGUAUUAUCAUAAAAGACACAACUGAAAAGAGAUAUGAAGUUCCUAUAGAGACACCAAAGAUCAACCAAAAAGCAGACCCUGUCCAGUAUGAUGUCCAGUUCACUAGUGAAUCCUUUGGCUUCAGAGUCAGCAGGAAGUGCAAUGGAAAUGUUCUGGUGGAUACCAACGCUGCCCCAAUAAUCUUUGCUGAUCAAUUCAUACAAAUGUCCACAUCUCUUCCAUCUUCCUAUAUAUAUGGCCUUGGGGAACAUCUCACUUCCAUUAACUUAGACCUCAACUGGAAAAAACUCACAUUCUGGAACAGAGACCUGAUACCGCGGGAAGAUGCUAAUCUAUAUGGUUCACAUCCAGUUUACUUGGGUUUUGAUAAAGACGGUUCUGCUUAUGGAGUAUUCCUGCUCAAUAGUAAUGCUAUGGAUGUAAUAUUGCAACCAGCUCCUGCCCUGACCUGGAGGACCAUAGGAGGCAUCGUGGACAUGUAUAUCUUUUUGGGCCCUGACCCAAAAACUGUUAUUAAACAGUAUCAGGAGGUCAUUGGGUUUCCAUUCUUGCCACCAUACUGGGCAUUUGGCUUCCACUUAUGCCGUUGGGGGUAUAAUUCUUCUGCUAUGACUCGGGAAGCAGUAGAAAAAACAAGGGCUGCAGGAAUACCUCUAGAGGUGCAGUGGAAUGAUAUUGACUACAUGGAUGCAUACCGAGACUUCACAUAUGACCAUGAACGUUUUGGGGAUUUCCCAGAGAUGGUAAAAGAGUUUCAUAAGAAGGACAUGAAAUAUGUGUUGAUAAUGGAACCAGCCAUUGGCAAUAGCAGUCCUCCUGGAAGCUAUCCACCUUAUGAAGAGGGAUUACAGAAAGGCAUUUAUGUUACCAAUGAAACUGGACAGCCUCUUGUGGGCAAGGUCUGGCCUGGCUAUACUGUGUUUGUUGAUUUCACAAAUCCGGAAGCUCAUAAAUGGUGGCAUGACAUGUUCAAGGCCUUUCAUGAAAAAGUGCCUUUUGAUGGGGCUUGGAUUGACAUGAAUGAGCCAGCUAAUAAUGUUCACGGUUCCUUGGAUGGCUGUCCAGACAACAGUCUUGAAAACCCUCCAUAUGUGCCUGAUGUUGUUGGGAAAGUGUUACGUGAUACCACCAUCUGUGCCUCCAGCUUUCAGAACAUCUCAUCACACUACAAUCUUCAUAAUAUGUAUGGACUGUUUGAAGCAAUAGCAACUCAUAAUGCAUUGGUGAAAAUCCGUAACAAACGUCCUUUUGUGAUCUCUCGAUCCAAUUUCCCCACUCUUGGGCGCUACGCUGGACACUGGACAGGGGAUGUUGAAAGCACCUGGGAGCAACUUUACUACACAAUACCUGCUAUAAUACUAUGUAAUAUGUAUGGGAUUCCUCUUGUGGGGGCAGACCUCUGUGGAUUUGUCGGGGAUGCCUCAGAGGAGCUAUGUAUACGCUGGAGCCAAGUUGGAGCUUUUUAUCCAUUCAUGAGAAAUCACAACACUAAAGAUGCAAAGUCCCAGGAACCAUAUGCUUUCAGCAAACAUGCUGUGGAUGCAAUACGAAAAGCUACACUAGCAAGAUAUAUGCUACUUCCCUUUAUGUACACCUUGUUUUAUAAAGCUCAUACUUCUGGGGAAACUGUUGUCCGAGCCCUAUUUAUGGAGUUUCCUCAAGACCAAAACACAUGGACAGUUGACCGCCAAUUCAUGUGGGGAGAGGCUCUUCUGAUCACCCCAGUUGUGGAGCAGGGAAAAACAGCAGUGACGGGAUAUUUUCCUGCUGGAAUGUGGUACAGUCCAAUUGGGGUGAGCUAUAAUUUUAAAUAA